AUGGAGAUUAUUAAAAUGACACCUGCACAACUGGUUGAAUAUUUAAGAUGUGGAAAUUUGAGUUCGAUUGAAAGUGAUUAUGAAACCUUGAUAGGUAAAGCUCAAGGUAUAGAUGGAGCGUCGUUAUUUGUGUUAACCGACAAGGACGUUAUUGAUUUAAAGCUUACGAUUGGUGCAAGAAGAAAAUUUAUGGUGUUUGUUGAAAAAAUGAAGAAGAAUAAUCAACCAUCGGUACCUGAUGAAGCUGCUGGCGGGCCUGUUCCUGUGUCUUCGUCGGCAGCGUCAAUUGAUGUAAUACAAAUUAUAUUCAUGUCUUCAGUUAGUACAGAAAUUUUUAAAGUACAAGUUACAAAUGAUGCUCGUUGGCAAAAAAUAAAGGAAGAUACAAAAUUUUAUGUUGAAAAAACGUUAACAGAAGAGUCAUGUGUUGAUAUUUUAUCCACCAUGGACAAAUAUCGAUUUAAAUUUCCAGUGUGGCGUCUUGGUUCGCUCAAUUCGUUGCUUAAUUGGUUAGACGAAGCCUUAUGGCAUGAUCGUGGUUCGUUGCCGGCAGAUGAAAUUGCUCAGGAUUAUGCUGAUGGUCAUCAAUUGGUCACUGUUUACACGAAUUUAUUGGGUCAUGUUAAACGAAUACUAGUGUCUAUGAGAUGUUUUUUUGUUAGUGAAAAAUUAAAGAAACCUUUUGUCGAUCCAAUAGAUGGGAUUGAUAUAAAAAUCUAUGACUCAUUUGAUAAAUAUCACAAGAUACAAUUUAAACCACUUGCGUCACAAGUGGUUGGAUCAAGAAAUGAUGUUACCGAUAUGUUAAUCGAUUAG